CCAAUUGACGAUCUCUAACUCACUCCAACGGACUCCAUUCACUCCUACCUAAACAAGUAAAUACCGCGGUGCGGACGUCUUGACGACCAACUUUACCCAAAGCCACCAACCUCGCUCGUCGAUAUCAACCUCAACCCUUCCAUUAAUCUUCAACAUUCACUUCGAUCCACCCUACUCAAUCGAAAAGAUGUCUUCUCCCGUCCGCCAGAACCGCUUCCAAUCAUUCACUCCCCUCCGCACUGGAACCCACUCUCUCCGCCGCCUCAAGACUGCCUUCUCGCCCACCCGCUCGGCGCGUUCCAUCUCCCCAAGCUCAUCCACCGGCACCACUUCCCCGUUGACCAGGACGGCAUCUCCCCACUCCCACCGCUCCGUCUCCAGCAACGGCAGCAUCCGUGAGCUUCUGAUGCUCCGAAGGAAGCCCAGCGUCCUCGACGCCGAGAUGGAGGAGGAGAAGCACCUCUUCAGCAACGAGCUCGAGAUGCUCGAACCCCGUCCCAUCGUCACAGGUCACGUCGAAGUCGGCAUCUUCGAGGUGCUCGGAGGAAACCGCUAAAGCAACCCUCCUGUUCUUGUUGCUAGACCAUCAGAAUGAUUUCAAUGAAGCUACUUGAAG